UAUAACAUUAUAUAUAUACCUCCAAUGCAUCAUAGAUGUAGAUGCACAUUGCACUACUUUGCUUAGUAAUUGUCCUUGCAAAAUUAAUGGACGUAGAGAGAGUCCAAGCCUUGGCCUUGCGUGGGCUCAACGAGCUCCCAGCGAAGUUCAUCCGCCCGACUCAUGAGCAACCCGAGAACAGCAAGGCCUUGGAGGGAGUCACCGUGCCGGUGAUCUCCCUGGCUAAACCACAUGACAUUGUCGUGAAGGAAGUGGCUGAGGCAGCCUCCGAGUGGGGCUUCUUUCUCAUCACUGACCAUGGCAUACCAGCUUCUUUGAUAGAGCAGUUACAGAAGGUGGGCAAAGAGUUCUUUAUGCUGCCACAGGAGGAAAAAGAGGCUUAUGCAAAUGACCCUGCUAAUGGCAAAUUUGAUGGGUAUGGAACCACGAUGACUAAGAACCUUGAUGAAAAGGUUGAGUGGAUUGACUAUUUCUUUCACGUCACUGCUCCUCCAUAUAAGGUCAACGAUGAAAUCUGGCCUAGGAAUCCUCCAUCAUACAGGGAAGUAAAUGAAGAAUACAGUAGGGAAAUGCUGAGAGUAACAGACAAGCUACUGGAGUUGCUUUCCGAGAGUCUAGGCCUGGACAAGCAGGUACUAAAAUCACAUGUCGGAGGUGACAAAAUAGAGCUGGAAAUGAAGAUAAACAUGUACCCGCCAUGCCCACAGCCGCAACUGGCUCUCGGAGUUGAGCCUCACACAGACAUGUCGGCCCUCACCUUGCUGGUUUCGAACGAUGUUCCUGGUCUUCAGCUGUGGAAAGAUGGUAACUGGGUUUCAGUAAAUUACCUAACCAAGACAGGAGCAAUCUUCGUUCACAUUGGUGAUCAGAUGGAGGUGUUGAGCAAUGGCAAGUACAAGAGUGUUCUUCACAGGAGCUUGGUGAACAAGGAACGGUUGCGCAUGUCGUGGGCUGUGUUCGUUGUGCCGCCGCAUGAGGCGGUCAUUGGGCCUCUGCCAGAGCUUUUGGAUGAACAAAACCCUGCCAAAUACUCUACCAAAACAUAUGCUGAAUACCGGCACCGCAAAUUCAACAAAAUCCCACAGUGAAUGAGUGGUUUAAUUAAUGUGUUGCUGAGUUGCUCAUUGGGUAAAAAUAAUUUCUUCAUAAGGUUCAUAUGUUUUGUUGUUUGUCCGAGUAUAAAAAGUGGGGUUUUGUCCAAAAAAAUAAAAAGUAUAUAAAGUGGGGAUUUGUGAUGCAAUCUCUGCACUUGGUGCUUUGUUAUUUCUUUCUUCGGUUAAUUCUGUUUGUUGUAUUGAACAAAAAAUAAAGGGGAGUAAAAUUACAUUCUGCACUUCAACUUUC